AUGGAGUUUCCUCGUCGUCUAAGGUUACUAGAUUGGAAGGCAUACCCAAACAAGUGUCUUCCUCCUACCUUUCGUCCUGAAUAUCUCGUAGAACUUGAUAUGCAAUAUAGCCAGCUCGAGUACCUCUGGCAAGGAACUCAGCUGCUAACAAAUCUCAAGAAUAUAGAUUUGAGAAGGUCUUUUCAUUUGAAGGAGCUCCCAGAUCUUUCAAAUGCUACAAAUCUCAAAAGAUUGUAUCUAAGUUAUUGCCAGAGUUUGGUGGAGCUUCCAGCCUCUUGUUCAACUCUUCCUAAACUAAAGGAAUUGUGGAUGGAUCACUGCAUAAACCUACAAGUCAUUCCAGCUCACAUCAACUUGGCAUCUCUUAAACGCGUCAGUACAAAAGGAUGCUCAAGACUGAGACAUAUUCCAUUCUUGUCAACAAACAUCAAGCAAAUGGAUAUAUCAGAGACAGCGGUAGAAGAUAUGCCAGCAUCAACUAGUCUUCGCACUCGUCCUAUGGAUUACUCUAUGAUCGGCUGUAGCAAGCUCAAGGGAAUAACACAUCUCCCUUCACAUGUAACUAAACUAGACCUAAGCAAAUCUUCUGUUGAAAGUAUUCCAGAUUGCAUCAAAUCUCUUCAUCUUCUACUUGAGCUAAAGAUUUCUGGAUGCAGAAAACUAAAGUCAUUGCCAGAGCUUCCUUUACAGCUCAUGCUCCUAUCUGCAAACGAUUGUGAAUCACUUGAGGAAGUUGCUUCCCCAUUUCACAACCCGAAUGCGAAUAUGUCUUUCACAAACUGCUUUAAAUUGCGACAAGAAGCAAUUAUCCAAGAAUGGUUUUGUCUCGGGUCUGCUUUCUUACCAGGAAGACAAGUACCAGCAGAGUUCGAUCAUCGAGCCAGAGGAAGUUCCUUAACUAUUCCUCCCUCUUCUUUCACAAGAUUCAAGGUUUGCCUCGUGCUCUUACCAAACCAUCAAAUCAGAGAAACUUCACAACUAUUAUGUCGUUGCAUAGUCAAUGGCGACUUGGCAAACUCUGAAGACAAGGUGGUCUACUUCAACCUAUCCAGAUGUCGAAGGGAACAUCUAUUUAUAUUUCCUUCUGGCUUGUUUGAACAAGACGAAGGCCUUCAUGAAGUUAGGAGAGAGAUAUCGUUCGAGUUCAGUAGCGAAUUCAACGACUUCGACGUUGUUGAAUGUGGCGCCAAGUUUUUGACUGACGAAAACAGCUUUGAAUCUGAAUCCGACCAAGCAGCGACAAUGACAGCCACAAUGAUGGGAGCUAUGAAUAUGGAUCCAACGCCAAUAAUAGCCUCAUUGAUGAGAUAUGAGUCCAUGAAGGCCAAACACAGCAAUGAAAGAGCUAAGAUCCAACUCGUCAUAGUGAAUGCGGUGCCUAUUGGAUAACGCAACACAACUAGAUGUUGCCACAAUAUCUCCCUAGUCUAAUAUUUGAUAAUUCUUGAUAGUAAUAAACGAUAAAAUCCAUGAACUGUAAAUUUCUGUUUAUCUUUCGUGUAUGUUAUAUGGCACAUGUCCUGCCUUUUACACAUUUUUAAGUACUCGUACAUGUUUGUAAGAGUUUUAAAUCAUGGACAAAAUAUUCAAC